AUGUAUCUCGUCCGCAAUAAGAAGGCGGAUAAGGAGAGAAGAAUACGGAGAUUUGAAGGAGAGGAAGAAGGAGAGGAAGGACAGGAAACGGAUGCGGGUGAGCAUGAUGAGACCACGUCAGACGAGAGCGAUGCAGAGGAGAGCGAUGAGGAUACAGAAGGCAUUGUCGACGCUCUUUUGGCUGAGUACACCUGUAAGAUGUGA